GCUCUGCUGUGCUAUUCAGUGCCGACUCAUCGUCACCAGAAUAUUUUUCAAAAGGAAAGGGAAAAUCAUCCUUUUUUGGCUCCCCCGCACUUUAUACUAAAUAAAUAUAUUUUAGUAAUAAUUAACACAUAGAGGGACGACGAGUACUGUUCGUAAACGUUGACAUUUGAGGCAGUGGAAAGAUGAUUAUCACGUUGAAAAAUCUCCAGCAACAAACUUUCACUGUUGAAAUUGAUCCAUCAAAGACGGUGAAGGAGCUCAAGGAUAAAAUUGAAGCACAAAAGGAAUGGCCGGCACAGCACCAGAAAUUGAUAUAUGCGGGGAAAAUACUGACAGACGAUCAUCCACUGACUGAGUACAAUAUUGAUGAGAAGAAGUUCAUUGUAGUCAUGGUUACAAAGCCAAAAACUGCUAGUGCCACUGCGACCAGUGAAAGCCAGCCCGAGGAGAGCAAAGAUCAGUCGACAACUAGUGCAUCCUCAGCUGCGCCCUCAAAUCCUCCAGCAGCCCAGGCAGCAGCUCGCACGACCCCUGUAGCCACCCCGGAAAAUCCCCCAGCAGCUGACGCAAGAAGUCAACCGGAGAGUGCUCUCCUCAUGGGCGAGGAGUACAACACAAUGGUGAAUAACAUAAUGGACAUGGGUUACGAGCGCGAGCAGGUGGAGCAGGCUCUCCGCGCUAGUUUCAAUAAUCCUGAUAGAGCUGUGGAGUACCUGUUGACUGGCAUCCCAGCACAACUGUUCGAGGAUCCACCCGAGGUCGACAAUCCCGAGGGACAGGACAAUCUGGCUGAUCCACAGGGGGGACAGGAUCCACUCGCAUUCUUGAGGACGCAGCCCCAGUUCCAACAGAUGCGUCAAGUUAUCCAACAAAAUCCACAGCUACUCAAUGCUGUUCUCCAACAGAUCGGACAAUCAAACCCAGCAUUACUCCAACUUAUUUCUCAGAAUCAAGAGGCUUUUGUUCGUAUGCUCAAUGAACCUGUUGGUGCAGCAGGUGGUAAUCCAACCCAAGGUGCUCCAGCAUCAUCCCCAACUGGUGGAGCUGCGCGUGGUGGUGUAACAGGCGGUGGUAGUCCAGGUGCUGGUGUUAUUCCUGUAUCACCCCAAGACAGAGAAGCAAUCGAGAGGCUCAAGGCACUAGGUUUCCCCGAGCAUCUCGCACUCCAGGCGUACUUUGCCUGUGAAAAAAAUGAAAAUCUGGCUGCUAAUUUUUUAUUAUCUCAAAAUCUUGAUGACUGAACACCACUGGGGAAUUUUUUUGUUGCAUGUGGUUAAGUUCAAUACCUCCAGAGCUUACGAGACUGUUAAAGAGAUGAGAAGGAAUGCAUCGUUCCAAGGACAACUGGAACUGUUAUUCCCAGUGGAAAAUAUGAAAUGAUUAGCGUGAAGAGAAAAGCAUUUGUAUAAUUGAAUUACCCUCUCCCUUUUUUCAUUAGUUAAUAUUAAUUUACUUUCCUCGGCCAUUUGAGCGUUCGUAAAGUGUGUUUAUUUCUCAUAAAUUUUUGGGUUUCAAUUUAAUUCUUUUUAUUUUUAGUGCUUGCAGCACUAGGUAUAAAUAAAAUAUUUUGAAAAUUACAUGAUUUAUUUGUAUUUUCAGUAGAGAAUGCUUGAACCGUAAUUAUGGAACUGUUCGAUCGGAGGGAACGAAUAAAAUCUGAGUAAAUUGCCUCAAAUUCAUUAAUUUAGCGAUAUUUUUUUUAUCGAAAACGCGAGAGAAAAACGAUGUAGCUCAUUCACGUUUCAGGAGAAACGUGGGGAUAAGAGAGGAAUUUAAUAGAAUGUAAUAUUCUAAUAUUAUAUCUAUACAUAAAUUGUAACAAUCUAAAAAUUUCUAUCUACGAGCAAAAGAGGAGAAGAAAGAAAAAUAGAAAAUAAAUGAAUAACUUACUAAACUA